GACUUGUGAGUUUCUAGAUGUAUAUGCGGCUGAGUGGUAGUUGUUUGUAAUUGUAAUAACUUAUUUCAAUUUAAAAUGGAAGCCUCUUAAUGUUUGUUUUAAGUGUCUGCAUUACCUAACCUUAACUGUUCAGAAACACCGAAACACCCAGUGUCAGAGACUAAUUUCGGACUUAGUAACUUACCUAUUAAGUUAUUUUAUUUGUAGCUAGCCUACACUCUUUACAAAUAACCCAACUAGACAGCUUAAAAAUAAACAGUAGGCCUACAUUUUUCAGAAUGACGAGUAAUAGGCCUAGUCCUAAGGGCGAAAUUGUCCAUGACUCCUUAGAAGUUGCAUUAAGAAUUGAAAGUUUGUAUCAUGAUUCAAUAUUAAGUUUACUGACAGCAAAGCCUAAAGAGUCGAUCAACAAUAGUAAACUUAAAGAGUUACAAAACACGAGGAAAAAGCUAAAACAAGAGUUGAAUGAAGUUAAAGUUGCACUCUCUGGUCACUGUGAAAAUAUUGACACACUAAGGGAAGAACAUGAAAGACUCAGAAAAAAAGUGGAGAACUUCAACCAUCACAAAGAGGUUGUUUUUAGAAAGAAAUCUGACUUAAAAAAUCAGCUGACUUUGCUUGCAAAAGCUAAACUCAAUUCUCAUGAUGAGGAAAUGGUAGAAAGAACAAAGCUUCAGUACAAAUGUCUGCGCAACAUAAUUCAGGUGCGGUUUUCAUAUGAGAAAUCAGAUGAUGUGAUUCUUGCGGGUCAUGUUUUCAACACGAUCACUAAAAAGAUCUGCAAUUUUUCUCUCAACCUUUCCCAGUUGGACAGCCACCAAGUAGAAGAACGACUCAUGAAAAUGAUGAAAGAUAUGUCUCAUCCUGACUACGGAAAAGUUUCUUGUAAAUAGUUAUCCCAGCUUUAUUCGUUGUUAAUGCGCAAAAUUCAUUUUGUAGUUUGAGAAUGUAAUAUAUUUACUCUACACAAAUAUUUAAUAUUUUAGCUUCUAAUUGAUAUUUUAUAAAUAUAUUUUGU